CUGGGACCCUUGAGGCAUAUACUUGGGGUCUUAGGCAGAGCUUGAUACCAGAUCAAGACAAGGUUGACAUAAGGGAAGCCAUACUUUAGAAAAGAAAAACUCUAUUUUAACUUUGAAUGACCACUGACAAAGGUCAUUAAAAAAGCAGAGGUCUAACUGCUCUGUAGAUUUUAGGACCCCUGCUUGUGCAUGUACCUCCCAGCUGCUAUGAGAUAACUUGCUUUUUUGAGUUCCUUAGGAAUGUGAUGACCCCUGAACAGAGAAUCUAUGCUGAUAGCCAUCAUCAGUGAAAACUGAAAGAUCUGGUGUGGCACUCCCAGUCUGUAACACCAGAAGGUCAACAUUCCUAACCCCCUCCCCAAUAACCCAAUGGCCUAUAUAACUGCUGUAAGAUUUUGUGCCCCCUUAAGAUGGUUCUUUUGGACAUGAGUUGGCCAUCUUCCCUCUUGCUAGCAAGCUGUAAUAAAAGUCCUUUUUCUCCUACCACUAUUCCUCUUGAUUAUUGGCACGUCUUGCAGGAAGCAGAAGACCCCACAUUGGGCCGUAACAAGCUGAUGUCGUGAUGGGUCUUGGGCGGCACUGGGGCUCGCCAUGCACCCAAUCAGAGUAAGGUCGGCUGGGCCGUUAGUCUUUAACAAGAUCGAAAACGAAAGCGGAUGCUGAAAACGAAUUGCUUUCAAACUGCUCACCCAGACCUCUACAGGAAUGGGGUUAGUGUCCCCCGGGGACCCCAGAGCCCUGAGCCACCUGCUGCUCGUGUUGCUGCUGCUGGAGGAGUCGCGGGGGUUACCCCCUGGAACCCACACUCUCCGCUACGACCUCAUGGCCCUGUCCCUGGACAGGCCUGGGAAGCCCCAGUUCCUGGCCCUGGGAUACUUUGAUGAUGAGCUCUUCCUGCGCUAUGAUGGCGAGAGCCAGAGGGCAGAGCCCCGGGGUGUAGGGAUCAAGAUGGACCUGGGAGCUGAGACCUGGGAGAGAGAGACCAAGGACCUGAAGGAGAAGGAACAGCAGCUCAGACAGAUGCUGACAGAGAUCAUGGGAGAGCAGGCCCAGGCCUCAGGCCUUCACUCCCUCCAGGCUAUGUUGAGCUGUGAGCUCCAGGGAGACAGCACUAGAGGCUCCUGGCGCUUGGGCUACAACGGGCAGGACCAGGACUUCCUCACCUUCAACUCGGAGACCCUCCCAUGGAUGGUGGCCAAACCCUCAGACCAGCAUAUCAAGAAGCUCUGGGAGACCCAAGGCCCCAGGGCUGAUCUGGUUAAGAUUUUCCUACGUGUGACUUGUCCUGCCCAACUCUGGAGAUACCUGGCCUCCUGGAGGGGCCUCCUGGAGAAUACAGAUCCCCCGUCAGUGACUGUGACCCGCAGUAAGAACCUGCUGGGCAAGGUCAUCCUGAGGUGCUGGGCUUUUAGCUUCUAUCCUCAGGGUGCCACCCUGACCUGGCUUCGGGAUGGGGAGCCCAUGAACCACGGCACCUUUGGGCCUGGGGCCACCCUGCCCAGUGGGGACGGGACCUACCAGACCUGGGUGGACACUCGGAGCCUCCCUGGAGAGGAGCAGAGAUUCACCUGCCACGUGGCACACUGCGGGCUGAACACCACAGUCCCUGCAGUCUCUGGGCCUCAAGGUCAGAGCGCUUCCUGUGCAGCUGCUCCUGCUGCGGCUCCUCUCGCUGUGUCCACUGUCGCUGCUGUGCUGUAUUUGGUGGUGGUCGAAACCUAGACGAGGAAGCACACAGAGGAUGUUAGAGCCCAGGUGAGAAGCACAUGGGACAGUGAGGAAGACGGAUCUGAUUCUUCUCUGGGUGGUGAGUGGAGACAGCUCUCUUCCUGUUAAAAACCAUGCAGCCGUCCCCAAACAGCUGCUUAUGCUAAGCACCACGUUGUCACAAAGGCAAGACUUCACUCAGUGACAGUUUCAGCUCUCUCAGAAAUAGAAUCCUAAACCCAUCCACCAGGAAUCUGAUCAGCACUAGUCAGGUCAUCUGCCUGAUAGGCCCCUGCCAUCCCCUAAAGGAAGGUGACCUUGUAAUAACCAAGCUGCCUUUUUGCCUAACAUAACUUCCCUGUUCCUGCUCCCUUCUCCUAGAAGUCCCUUGCCUUGUACAGCUCUUCAGAGCUCCUUUCUGUAUGCUAGACUGGAUUCUGCCCGCUUCAUGGAUCAUUGAAUGAAGCCAGUAAGAUCUUUAAAAUUGACUCAGCUGGAUUUUGUUCUUUAACAUUUCUUACCCAGGAACAGGAGAAGAAUAGACAGCCCAUUUCUCGCUUACAGGAUGAGGGGACCAGGUGUGUUUUAUCAAACCGGCUAAAAAAAAAAAAAAGAUAAAGUCCCAACCAUUUAUCCUGCCUUUCAAAUUCACAUAAGCCCUGGACCUCAGGAUAUUCACUUAGGUGAGAAAAAGAGGUGCUUUUUGCGUAGAAUAGUCCAAACAAUAAAGAUAGAAAAACAAAGGCAGAAUUACAUUAUUACCACUUGGUGAGCCUAAUGAAUGAAUGGAUCUCAGCAGUAACCAUCAAGGGCUGCCACAUGGCCACUGGGGAGACAGCUGGAUGGUGUGCGCCUCCUGGAGGAAGUACACAGUACUACCCUGAUGUUCCUCCAUCAUCGCCUUACUGUAAAGAGAAGGCAAUUGUCUGGGAACAGGUAAUUAAGUUCAACCACAAGGUGGACAGGUCUUCGACAAAGGCACCGUCUUUGUGGAAAACUACAGGAGAAACCACCAAAUCAACUGUCAGGAAACACAAACAAAAACGAUGGAGAGGGAAUCGAUAUGAAGUUGGGUACCUGUGGGUUACUGUAAAUAUUCAAUAUGAUUACCUUUCCACCUUGUUAUGAAAAGAAGUCAAUCUUGUCAAUUUGCUGUUUUCUUGUUUAACCUGAGGGGUGACUCAAGGGUCACAAGGAUUUAUGAGUUUGUUUUACAGAAGAAGGAGAAUGCCUUCAAGGAAGUUACCAUCACCAGAUAACCAACCCCCAGUUGCCUUUGAUGUCCAGAAGUCCAAUUGCCUAGGGGUUCAUCAGCAGUGACCCCUUCAUUUCUCUAAAACUCCUCCUGCCAAGCCCCUUAGCUCCUUAAAACCCCCUGUUGCUUUCUCCUCUUGUUAAGGCAGAUUUGAGAGAACCUAUCCUCCCACCUUCUCGUUUUGGCCAAUUCGAAUAAACCUUUCUCCAUCUCCAAACAUUGAUGUCUCAGUGAUUG